AGCUGUCAAUUAUUUUGAUGAGAAUGAAAAUUAUAUCUGAUUUUCAUAAUCGGGUGGGGAAAAAAAUCAGCUAUCGGACACUUUUUUUUCAAUUAUAAUUUUUUCCUCAGCUUGAUUGAAUUUCGGCUCACAUUUUUUUUAUUUUAAUAAUACUCUUACAACGCACGCGCAGAACAUCGCCAAAAAUCGCCCAGCGCCAUAUUGAGAGAGGCGGACGUUGUAUGACUUGAGUGAUUAAUCGUGGUUAGUGCAAUAAUUUGAAGUGGAACAUUUGAUCGUGCCCUAUGGAUAAACAUUCGGGAGUGGUGUGCCUUGGUUGAAAGGCCUGCCGAAAGGACAGGGCUCCGCGCGCGAGGAAGGACUGCGGCCCUCCGCCCUGAGGAAACAUGGACUGCUGCAUGUCAGAAGAAGCCAAAGAACAGAAAAGAAUCAACCAAGAAAUAGAGCGGGUACUCCGGAAGGACAAACGUGAUGCCAGGAGAGAACUCAAACUUCUGCUGCUUGGCACUGGCGAGUCGGGGAAGUCGACAUUCAUCAAGCAGAUGAGAAUCAUCCACGGCUCCGGUUACAGCGACGACGACAAGCGGGGCUUCAUCAAGUUGGUCUACCAGAACAUCUUCAUGGCCAUGCAGAGUAUGAUCCGGGCCAUGGAUCUACUCAAAAUACAAUACGGGGUUCCGUCCAAUUUAGAAAAGGCGGAUUUGAUAUCAUCAAUCGACUUUGAGAGCGUGACCACGUUCGAGAGUCCGUACGUCGAGGCGAUCAAAGGUCUGUGGGCCGACAACGGGAUUCAGGAGUGCUAUGACCGCAGGCGGGAGUACCAGCUCACUGACUCUGCCAAAUACUACUUGCAGGAGAUAGACCGCGUGGCGGCACCCAAUUACUUACCGACCGAACAAGACAUCCUUCGCGUGAGAGUGCCUACGACGGGCAUUAUAGAAUACCCCUUUGACUUGGAGGAGAUACGAUUUAGUUAUUUAAGCGAUCUGGCCAGAAUCGAGGCGGCGGACUAUCUGCCGACGGAGCAGGACAUCCUUCGCGCGCGUCAGCCCACUACCGGUAUCCUUGAGUAUCCGUUUGAUCUUGAUGGCAUCAUAUUUAGAAUGGUAGACGUCGGGGGCCAAAGAUCCGAGAGAAGGAAGUGGAUCCACUGUUUUGAAAACGUCACCUCCAUCAUAUUCUUAGUAGCUCUUAGUGAAUAUGAUCAAAUUUUAUUCGAAUCUGAAAAUGAGAACCGAAUGGAAGAGUCAAAGGCGUUGUUUAAGACCAUCAUCACGUACCCCUGGUUCCAACACUCGUCGGUCAUCCUCUUCCUCAACAAGAAGGACUUGCUCGAGGAGAAAAUCAUGUAUUCGCAUCUUGUCGACUACUUUCCCGAAUACGACGGUCCGCAGCGCGACGCCAUCACGGCGCGCGAGUUCAUCCUGCGGAUGUUCGUGGACCUCAAUCCGGAUGCGGAGAAAAUCAUCUAUUCACAUUUUACAUGUGCGACAGACACCGAGAACAUCCGGUUCGUGUUUGCCGCGGUGAAGGACACCAUCCUACAGUCCAACCUGAAGGAGUACAACCUCGUCUAAGCCACGUGCCCCGACACAAAUCUGUGAUUGUGUAUAACACGUAAUAUAAACAUCAUCAUUUCACACGGCAGAAUGUGUACCUACAUUCACGAACUGAGAUCGGAUGGACGAACUUAUUCAACUUACAAUGUUUAAUGAGCAAGUAAGGAUAGAUUUAAGUCAUUUAACCUUGGAGUCAUUUUACCGGCGGCGAUCGGGCCGCGCGAGACGCGUCAGGUUUUUUGACAUGAUUUUUUAUGAAGAAGUUAUUCACAAUUUAUGUAUGUGUCUGUAUCGGUGAAUAUUAAAUUGUGCAUUUUAAAAGUUAUGGCGAGUCUUGGGCUAACCAUGAGCUGCUUUUAGUCAUUGUUUUAGGAUUUUUGUAAAGUUUGUUGCCAUAAUAUCUUUCUACAUUAGAAUACAUUUAUUAUGUCCAGACGGAUGGAUUUGAACAAACUAGUCCAAUGAACUUACGCGUGUUUUAUAUCAUCCUCACGGGUCGGGCUCGACACAGGACUUCCUAUUAAUGUAUCGAUCGGGUCGCUUCCGUGUUACUAUUACGUAUUUAUUUUAGUUACGAAAUGUCUCGUAGAGUUACUGUGGCUCCGGAGCUUGCGGGGGUAGGCGUGAUGCGGGGGGAGGCGCCGACAGAUUACCUCAUCUUAUCUCCUCAAAGGACAGACGUAUUUUUCAAGCGUGGUUUGACGUAAAGUGUCAUCCUAUGGAACUUGCUAUGUAAACAAACCGCCAUAUUGAAAUUGUCUCUGAAUAAUGAAUUUACUGGCGACUUUUGUUUAUAUAGUUAGCAAGUUCCAUAGAAUGAUUUUUGCGAUUGCUGCAUUUGUUAAAUUCCUUAACAGAGGAUUAUAAAAUCCAGUAAUUGUAAACAGCUUAAGUGAAAGUGGAAGGCCACGGGUUAAAUACGUCUGUAUAAACGAGGCCUAAGGCCUGACUUUAUUCAUAGGAUUCAAUUUACAAAGCACAAACAUGUCUAUGGCCUUAGGAGGAUGUACGCAAUCAAGUAUACUUCAGUCUUCCUGAUGAAUGGAUAAUGGGGAUGGAGAGUAGUCGCCGCGUUGAUGAGGAACGUGUGACGCGACAGUGGCGCCCUCUGUCCGCACCGACCGACUCCACUGAUCCAAUUCAGUUUACACACAUAAUAAUUACAAAAUCAUACCGUUUGUUCUGUUAGCUUGAAAGGUUUAUAAAUUUAUUGUAUUUAAAGAAAUAUUACGUUACUUUUGUACAUUUGAAUUUUGUUACUUGAAUAUAUGUUAUUAUUUAAGCUGUUUAUAUUUAAAUAUGGUGUUUUCUACACGAAUUGACGCAAGUUGUCUUACGUUAACUGUAGGCUUUUUUGUGUACGCAGUGGUCUGGUGUAUUUGGUUUCUUCCUAAUAUCCGUGUACGAGAUAAAUUCCAAACAGCUAGCCUCAUGUCGAACAUAGGGAGAUAACUACGUUAGGUGUUUAAGGACAUUUUUGAUGCAUUUGAUAUAAACUUUUUUUACUAGAAACCCAAGGGAUUUCAAUAAAGCGAAUAUGUGACUUGUAAAAACCGAUACCAAUGUUUUUUGCACGAACGCUUUUACCACAUGGAUGUAAUAUAUUGUACAUUUGGGUCUAAAUGUGCUGGGUGAAUUGAGCUGACAGUUACGUGCCAGGUUUUGCUAUUGGCAUAUUGUGAAGCACAAAGAUAGGUACUUGUACACGUUUAAACUUGUUUACCAUGUUCAGAGAUUUAUGUUAUCGAUUUAGUGUGUUGCUUCGUGUUAUUAUUUAGUGACUUACUUGUUUAUAGUAAGAAACAUAGUUUCUAUUAUGGAGAUAUAUGAUUUUAUUGUAUUAACUUAUUUGUUGUUACGUCUUUAUUUCUAUCGCGCCGUUAGAGGUCCGUUUGAACGCACACGUCAUCAGACUUUGUCAAUAGCAAAGCUUUAAUUGAGAUACAGCUGUCUGAUAUGCUCAAAGAUUAUGUGAAAUUGAAACUUAGCGCACAAUAUUGGAAACUUUCUUAUCGAUGUUAACCACUGAUGUGCAAUCUCUGUGUAUGCCCUGUACAUAGGAACGUUUCGGUUUGUGCAUUAGUACCUCGACUCGCACGCGGUCCAGCGACCAGCGCGGCCGGCGGGGCCGCGGGACGUCCGCGGUGUUCCACUAUAGACUGAUGUUUUAUAUAAUGGACGUCCACAUGACGCCCGACGUGAGUUUGUAAUGUCUUCAAUUACAGUGUAGCGUUAAAAGGAAACAAAGCACAAUGAAACUUAUUGUAUUGGUGAUUAGUUAUAUUUUAAGAGGCCCCGCGUGCGGCGCCGCGCGUGUACGUGCGAGUGGACCGCGUCCGUGUCUCGGUACGGUUCUUACCUAUUUGAUUUUACGGUUGGGCGAUGACUACACAAAUAUUGCUAAAACUAUAUUAUAGUCUAACGUUGCUUUACCUUUUGCGUGAGAUUGUGAGAGUUUUAGCUUAAGUUUACGACUGAAGACGGAUGCCUGUAUGAAAUAUUGUAAAUUAUAAUUUCUCAUAAAAUAUAAUUUUUUUCAGCUA